AUGAUUAGAGGUAGAAAUUUAAAUACUUUUAAUUCAUUGUUAUUAAAUGGAUUAAAAAAUAAUUUUAAAUAUAAUAAUAAUAAAAUAAUAAAAUCACAAACAUUUUUAAAUAAUGAAAUCAUUAACAGAUCAUUUUCAACCAACACCACAACCACUAAAAACACAAAUACCAAUUUAAAACCAGGAGAAUCUGAAGAAUCAAUGAUGGCAGAAGUAUUGCUUUCAAAAAAAAAAAAUGCAUCAUAUGAAUCAUUAUUUUCCAAAAGACUUCAAGAUAGAUCAAUUAGACCAGAAGAAUCAUUGAAAAUCAUUGAAAGUUUUCUUGAACAACCAGAAAAUAGUAAUCAAAAUCCAUUCAAUUUAAUCUUUUUAGACAAUACCUUAUAUAAAACAUUACAACAAUUUCCAUUAAAAGUUAUGGAUUAUUUUAGAAAUGAUAAACCAUUUAAUAAAAAGAAAUUAAGACAAAUUUUAAAGGAAAAUUUUAUUAAACUUUUAUCAGCAAUUCAAAAUAAUGAUAUCGAUACUAUAAAUUCAUACAAAUAUGAUGAUUCACAUUUUAUUAUGGAGACUGUUAGAGAUUUAUUCUACACAUUCAAAAAACAUUCAAAAAUUGAUUUUUCAAAUACUACUUAUUUAUCAAUUGACCCAAUUAUAUAUAAAUUAAAAAAUGUUGGAUCAGAUUUUGAUGCUAUUGUAGCCUAUUAUUUAGAAAUAUCGGUACCACAAAUAGACGGUUCAACAAAGAACGAAAAGUAUGUUGCAUAUGUCCUUUGGAGAGGCACUUUUGAAGAGGUCUCUGAACAAGAAAAAGAUAUCUUAAAAGAUCCUUCAAAAAUCAAUUUCGAAACAAAAUUAUCUUGGAAAGUUGGUAAGUUAUAUGUUCCUUUAGCCAUUAACGAAAUCAAUGAUCAACGUUACAAAGAAGUUAUUACUGAUUUAUUAAAAGAACUUAAUUCAAAAAAAGUUAAAUAA